GUCCCGCCGAUCCCGAUGGGCGACUUAUUGAAAGAGCAGGUCGAGGAGAUGGGGCCACAUUUUCGGUAUGUUGGCAACCUUCAAAAGGACAACGAAUUCUCCUUUGACUUGAGUGGAGCCCUCAUGGUUACAGGCCAUGCGGCGUCACCGUACUAA